UCACUUCUUGAAUAGGAAUAAAAUCAGACUGCAUAACAACCUCAGCUGUUGCAUUACUGCUCACUUACAUAUUUUGAAACAUAUUUUUGCAUAUAAAUAUUUGUUAACUAUGUUUUCCUUCCUUCGAAAUUUAAAUCCUUGUUUUGGACUUAAUCCGACACUAAUUGUCAAGGUGGUGUUAAUAAUUAAUCUCAUAAUGUCCAUAAUGGGCACGUUCGUCUUCACUGCCAGAGCAGAAGAAUUGAUUGAGUACACCAAAACGAAAUUUGAAGAAGUUAGCACAUCCGAGUGGGCGAUAUACAGCUGGUUCAUGGUUUUCAUCAAUCCUCUCAUGACCAUCUUGUUCUGGACUUUGUUUCGUGCAGUCGGAAAGAAUGACCUACCAACAAUUGAACGCUGGAGGGUCGGUAUAUUUGUCAUCCCAGGAUUUCACAUCUUUUGGAGUAUAUUUUCCUCCACGAAUGCUAAAGCUAACGAUCUCCGGUCACUGUUCGGAUUUUUGUACGUGCCCAUCUUCUACCUCACAAUGUACACUAGCUGGACAGUGUACUACUGGUGUCGGAUAGAGAGGCGGAAAUUGGAAGGUUCUGGAAAUCGUGUCAAACUGGACUGAGCAGUUAAUUAUGUAAAUAAACACAAGUGAUAUUUUGCAAGCACUACAUAUAUUUUCCGGAAAAUUAAUGUCUCAAGUUGUAAAUAAAUAUUUUGCAAAUAAGAAAGUGUGAUACACAUAACAUUUUUAAUUUGGUUCGAGAAAAACCUUGAAUCUCUUUUUGUCUGCGUUAUUCCAAUUAUG